AUCCUCUCUCUCUGAUGCUGCAUCUUCCUUCUUAGUUCUUAUAACUAUUUCAAAUCAUUUUAUGUUCUUUCGUCGGAAAACAAAAUAUAAAAAUCAUUGACGUUCUUACUACUAAAAUCCAAUUUGGAGUUACCUUUUUUUUCUUCCGGGAACUUUCAAUCUCGGAAGCUGAAAAGCAGUAUCGAUUUGGUUUUGAUCGAGUAAAAUGGAAGAAAAGCAUGAGGAUUCCAGUUUUUCUGGUUUGGACGACGAUUCCGGCAGUAACGUGGAUCCCGACGGCGGAUUGUCUGUCAUGAGCGGGUGUUUUUUCUUGGAUCAUGUUGGCGAAGUUUUGCUUUCUCGGAAUCAAGAUGGUUUGUCCUGGAAAUGCUUGGAUUCUUCAGAUUGUGAGGGAACGACUUGUUUGGGAAUUAGAAACUCAGAGAAUUUCAAAACUGAGAUCAAAUUCUCUGAUAUUUAUGCUGUGGAGUUUGCUAACUAUGGCUUGGUGCAUAGUUCAAAGUUAGGCCUUGGACAUGCCAAAGAAUGUUUCCGGGAACGUUUGUUAAAUACUCAAGAGAUGUAUCGGUUCACUGUGCAUGGAUAUCAAUGUUCACCAAAGGAGCCUUGUCUUUGGAAACUUGCGGCAUUCACUUUUGGCCAUAUGAAUUUGCAGACGUGCCAGAGUUGGCUGGAUCAAUUGAAUUACUCUUUGAUCAAGGAAGUAGAAAGACCAAGAAAUCUUUUGGUGUUUGUUCAUCCAAAAAGUGGCAAAGGAACUGGCACCAAGAUCUGGGAAACUGUUUCCAUGAUUUUCAUUCGCGCUAAAGUUAACACGAAGGUGAUUGUGACAGAACGAGCAGGACAUGCAUUUGAUGUAAUGGCAUCUAUCCAAAACAAAGAGCUCCAUUCGUAUGAUGGCAUCAUAGCUGUUGGUGGGGAUGGCUUCUUCAACGAAGUCCUUAAUGGAUAUCUUUUGUCAAGACUUGAAGUCCCUCUUCCACCAAGUCCUUCAGAUUCCUCCAAUUAUGUUCAAAGUAGAGGUAGCUCCUCAGUUCCAGAAUCAGGAGAUGCAGUUCAUGAGACUGACCAAAAGGAACACUCUCCUCUUCUUCCUGAUUCAGUGCAAGAGGUCGUGAAUUGCAGGGCAUUCAACGGCUCAUCUGAAGGAAUUGAAGAUCCCGAUCAUCCCUUCAGUGGUGAAAGGCCUAGAUUCGGCCUCAUCCCGGCAGGUUCAACCGAUGCAAUAGUUAUAUGCACCACAGGAGCUCGUGAUCCUAUUACAUCUGCGCUGCAUAUCAUUCUAGGUAGAAAGCUCUUCCUUGAUGCAAUGCAGGUUGUGCGGUGGAAAACGGCAUCAACCUCCACGAUUGAACCUUAUAUUCGUUAUGCAGCCUCGUUUGCUGGAUACGGGUUUUAUGGUGAUGUCAUUUCAGAAAGUGAGAAAUAUCGGUGGAUGGGUCCCAAACGCUAUGAUUAUGUUGGAACUAAAGUAUUCUUGAAGCACAGAUCAUAUGAGGCAGAGGUGAUGUUUGAAGAAUCUGAACCAGAGAACGCUAAAGCUUCCCCACACACGCGGAGUAAGACAUGGCCAUUCCGAAAUACAACAAGAUCGGAGAAAAUACUAUGCCGUGCAAAAUGCAGUAUUUGUAACUGUAAGGCAGAGGAUGGGAAUAUCAUGCGCACAACACCAAACUCGUGGCUAGAAAAAGCAAGAUGGUGUAGAACGAGAGGGCGGUUUCUGAGUAUAGGUGCUGCAGUGAUGUCAAACCGAAAUGAAAGAGCACCUGAUGGUCUUGUCGUUGAUGCACACCUCUCAGACGGUUUCCUACAUCUCAUACUCAUCAAAGAUUGUUCACGUCCAAAGUACUUAUGGCACCUCACCGAGCUUGCGAAAAAAGGCGGGGAACCUUUGAACUUCGAAUUUGUGGAAUAUCAUAAGACGCGAGCUUUCACAUUUACUUCGAUUGGGGAAGAGAGUGUGUGGAACUUGGACGGAGAGAUCUUUGAGGCUCACCAUUUGUCAGCUCAAGUCUUGCGUGGGCUUAUACCUCUUUUCGCAUCUGGUCCUGAGGUAUAACGAACAUUCAUUUGAAUGUGGUCUUUAUAUGAAGCUCUGUGCCUAGUGACCCAAGUGAAGCAUAUAUGAAAUAUUUGGAAACUACAAAAAGUAUAAUAAUGAACAUGGCAAUGAUAUCGUAAUUCAUGUCCAAAGAAAUUCAGUAUAUGUAUACUGUAUGUAACAUUCCCCAAUUUUACCCUAGGAUCUCAUUUUUUAGGUUGUGCAGUGGAUAAUUUGAGAUUUUCUUGUUGAUUUAUGUUUUAUUAGUUUAAAAAUCAUGUAUUAUAUAUUUAUAUCCAAAUGUUAG